GAGGGAUGAAGACUGGGAGACAGAGGGAGGGAUGUAUGCACACGGGGCUCAGUGGGGAGAUGGAUACGGCUGUGCAGAGAGGUGGUGGGAGUUUGCACAAACAGUGAAACGACCAGCCGCGGCUCGUGCAUCGGGGCGUCGGAUGCAGCUGUGGUCUGCCGAAGGAACGCGGGGAUUUAUUCAGAACUAACUGCGAGGAGAGAACGACUUAACACGUGGGGCACAAAGAGGGGCGGGAGACUACGGCGGGAACAAAGGAUAAGGCUGCAGAAGAGAUAAGAGUGAAAGAAGAAGAGCCACAGGAUAGGUGGGCAAACGUCAAAGCAGCGCCGUCGACCUCCGUCUGUUGAUCCGCAAUGACUGUCCAGCUGAAUGAGCUCCUCCUCAUCUGCCUUACCGUCACACAGGGUGGUUGCAUGUUCCCUAACAACCACUGGGGUGAGUGGAACGGCUCUCAGCUUCAGCCCACCAUUCAGAGACUCAUGAAGGGAUACAACCGCUACCUAAGGCCCAAUUUCAACGAAGGUCCUGUGGAGAUUGGAAUGAGUCUGGAUAUCGCCAGCAUCGACGCCAUCUCUGAAAUAAAUAUGGACUACACAGCAACCAUCUUUCUCCGUCAGCGGUGGCGCGACUCCAGGCUGGUGUUUCCCGGGAACGAGAGCGUGAGCGUGGACGGGCGGCUGGUGUCGUUGCUCUGGAUCCCGGACACCUUCAUCCCGGACUCGAAGCGCUCGUUCCUUCACGACGUGACGGUGGAGAACCGCCUCAUCCGCAUCUUCAGCAACGGCACCGUUCUCUACGCGCUCCGCAUCACGGCUACCAUUGCCUGCAACAUGGACCUGACCAAAUACCCCAUGGACAAACAGGUGUGCACCCUGCAGCUGGAGAGCUGGGGCUACAACAUCCAGGACGUGGUGUUCUACUGGACAAGAGGGAACGACUCUGUGAAGGGUCUGGACACCUUGCGUCUGGCUCAGUACAGCGUGGAGAGCUACUACACGUCGGUGACGGAGGCCGUGUACGAAACAGGUCAUUACCCCAAGCUGGUGCUGCAUUUCUCCCUGCGCAGAAAUGUCCUGUUCUUUAUCUUGGAGACAUACGUCCCCUCCAUCCUGCUCGUGGUUCUCUCCUGGGUCUCUUUCUGGAUCAGCCAAUCGUCUGUGCCAGCCCGAACGUGCAUCGGAGUGACCACCGUCCUGACCAUGACCACCCUCAUGAUGGGAGCCCGCACGUCCCUGCCAAACGCCAACUGCUUCAUAAAGGCCAUAGAUGUUUACUUGGGCAUCUGCUUCACCUUCAUCUUCGGCGCCCUGUUGGAAUAUGCCUGUGCUCAUUUUUAUACAAUGCAGCAUCAAACCAUCGAGGAUCUGCACAGGGAGCUUUUGAGGGAGUUUGUCGAGUCCAAUGGAAACGGCCUGGUGCCAAUCGUCAACUCCAGCCAACCGAACCAGUCCGUGGAGGUGGGCACCACCACCGCAGAGGAGCCGGCUGAGGAGCCGGCGAAGAGCGACGCCAAGAACCAUGCGGCUUCGACGGAAAAAGCGCAGAGUCAGGGCUGCGGCUUGUCGUCCGUGAAAGACGCCUCGCGCAGAGCAGCUGCCGUCUUCAUCGUGGAAAAUCCACACAACAUCGAUCGCCACGCCCGCACCGCUUUCCCCACGGCGUUCCUCUUUGUCAAUAUCCUGUAUUGGCUCUAUUACCUCUUUCUCUGAGUGCUGAUUAGCAGCAGGCUGCAGGAUAGCUCGCCCCACUGCCCUGAAAGCCUUCCCAACCUCCUCGUUAGCCAGCGGCUGGACCUGGACAUGUCCGAUUAAACUUCUUUUUUUGUUUGUUUGUUUGUAGCAAAAAGAUAAAACCUGUUUUAGGGGCUGCAUAUAAUGAGAAGAAGUUAGUCAGGACUGUGCUCUCUGCUAAAAAAAAAGAUGGUAUUAAUUGCGAGUAAAUGAACGGCUCUGCACAUUUUAAGCAUGAGGGUUCGAUGAUUAAAAUCCAUGCGUAUCGCAGUGCUUUCAAAAGUAUUCAUACCGACUAAACCUUUCCACAAACUUCACCGUUUUGUUGGGAUUUCGUGUGACGCACCAGUGAAAUGAGCUGACUGAUGAUCAAUAUUUUACCAAACACUUUGCAUCUAUUUGUACUCAGUCCAUCUUGAUCAAUAUUUUGUAGAACCACUUUUGAGCGCAGUUAUUACUGCAAGUAUUUCUCUGUCUCUAUUGGAUUUGUACAUCGAGAAAUUGACUUUUUUUUUUGCCCCACUUUUAUUGGCAAACCAGCGUAAGUAGUGUUAAAGAGAGUGAUGUGGAACCUAAUUUUUCAUGUCUCUCACGAGACUCGGAGUUGGAUUUACGAACCAUUUCAUUAUAGUUCUGGCUGUCUGUGUGGAAUCCUGCUGGAAGGUAAUCCCUGUCCCGGUCGUUAGCGUUUCGCAACCUCCAACAGCUUUUUUUUUUUUUUUUUUUUUUCCAGGGUUUCCCCCUCUUCUGGUUAGGAUUCCUUUCCACCUACUCAAGAAACGCAACCUCACAGCAAGAUGCCGCCACCACCGUUGUUUCGUCACCGGGGAGAUUUUUUUUUCAGGGUGAUGCGCAGCAUUGGUUCGCUGCCACUUCCCCGUCUUUGCUGUGUCUCCUAGAUCGGUGGUGGCAAGCUGCAUGUUGGAGUUCUUUUAGCGACGGCUUUUCCUCUUGCUAGUCGAACUUGACGACUCCUGCAAGCGUGCUCUCAGUGACUGAACUUGAACUAUGCUGCUGCCUCAUACAUGAUCGGUCUUGCACUCUGCCCAAGUCCUUAGGGUAUGCUUCAUAUAUUCUGCAGUGUAUUUCGCCUGCAAAACAUCUGCUGCACUCUUCAUUUUAUGUGCUUCUGGUUGGUUCUUUCUUGCCCUCCCCCCCCCACACCAACCCAGCACCCCCAUGUGACUCUGUGCUCACUCCCCGACAUAGGGCAGACAUGUCUAGAGAUGCAUCACUCCAUGACAUGCUAAGCAGCACGGCCACGGAGCGAGGAGAACCAGACUCAACCUCGCUCUCAUCUUUGUGUGGCUCGUAAAGACGUAGUCGAACAUUUAAGUGCAAGUUUUCCGACUGAGCCUGUGGUUGUUCUGUUCUUUCAACAAAGUUGUUGCCACACUUCCUUCAGUAACUAGUCGCCCUAUCAGCAGAUUCCUCCACCAAAGCGGUGGACCACAGCGGCUUCUCUAGAACUACUUUGGGUUUCUCGGCUGCUUCUCUGGUUACUUCAACCCGGUUUCCUGUCGGUUGAGGUGGACAGCCAUGUUAAGACUGCAGUUGUGCAACACAUCCCCCCCCCUGCCCCCACUUUCAGAUGAAAUAUUAAACAGAGCUUUGUGAGAUAUUUAAAGCUUGAAACAGUGCUUUGUAAUCCGACCUAAAAUCCUCCACUUCAUCAUACUUUAUUUUCCACCUGUGACUUUUCUUUGAACGCAGGUAAUUAAUUGCAUUGGGCUUCGUUAUUAGGCAUCAGAUGCAAAUACGUACUCGAACUUUCAGAUUUAAAUUUGUAAAAAAAAAAAAAGAAAAAAAAAAAGGUGGAAAACGACCUUCAUUUUUCCACUUCACAAACACACAUUGCUUUGUGUCGGUCUGUCGCAUCCAAUCAAUCAAUACGUUUGUAAAUGGAAUGCGACAAGAUGUGGAAAGGAUCGAGGGGUAUGAAUACUUUUGGCAAAAAAAAAGCACAGCUGAAUCAUCAACGCCAUCAUCUGCUGCGCGACAUUGAAAUGCAAUUAUUAAAUCAUAUGGAUGUGCUUUUUUUUUUUUCCUGCUUUGGCUGUAUCAGGCUAUAUAACUGGCCAUGUGCAAUUAAACUGAAAACGGCAG